AUGUCUUCUGGCGGAGCAGCGCUACAGCCAACCUUCCAAGGCCAUGUAGCCACCACGCAAGACGCCCUUAUUCUCUUCGAGGCUUGCCUGCAAGGGCACCUUUCACAUGUACCUAGGCGACCGCACGAUCGAGAACGAAGCAAUCUGAUCAGAAGCGGCUGCGUCUUCAUUUAUGAAGAAAAUGCAUCAGGAAUCAAAAGGUGGACGGAUGGGGUCACAUGGAGCCCCAGCAGAAUCCUCGGGAAUUUUCUCGUCUAUCGAGAACUCGACAAACCAUUUCCACCGGGAGAGAAGAAGAGAGCCAUGAAGAAGCAACAGAGACGUCCAAGCCGACCCGGUGAACCGUAUGCUAGAUCAGAGGGGGGCUCAUUCUCAGAUGGUCAAUCUGGCAGCUACAAUUCCGAUCGCAGCGCCUCAACCGACGUGGAAAGACAGCUGAUAGGUUCGUUGGUGGAUUCCUACGGCUUCAAACAAGAUGGCUUGGUCAAGAAGACAAUGAGUGUCACGGUUCAAGGCGUUACGCAUCACCUGGUCUCGUACUACCAUGUGAACGACGUCCUUGCCAAUCAGUUGCGGACACCAUCGCAGACAGAGAAUUUGCAAUACAUCCGUCCACGGUCUGAGCUAACCUCGAGACAAAGCUUUCGAGCUCCCAUCGAGGAUGUUGACGAGGUGGACGGAGCUCAUAACUCGUACGCAUAUCGCGUGAAUGCAGGCGGAUACCCUCAGCCAUACUACAUGCCACCGGGCUACCCUCCUAUGGCUCAACAGCCUAACCCACCCCAAUACUCUAUGGCGGUCCCUUCCAUGUCCACGGGCUACAUACAAUCCCCAGUGACAGCAUCCCAUAUGCAAGCACAACGAAACGACUAUGGCCAGUACGACCAAACGGGGUACAAUCGAAGCUAUGAGUCCUUGAACAGCUCAAUUCCUCCAUCAUCAAAAUCAAUUCCUGCCACGCCAACCACCAUGGCUCCAAUCAUGUCGGACCGCUCCCAGGCGCAGUCGGCCAUGUACCCGCCCAUGAGUAUGCAGAGGCCAGUCAACACGUUGAGCCCAGUCUCAAUGGACUCUCGAGCAGCUGUGCCAUAUCGGCCGAGCCCAUACGCAGUGACGCAUGGUAACGGUGCUCAGAUGGACCAGAGCCGGCAGAGUCAGCCCUCACCCACGCAAGUGAAGUACGAGGAUCGCAGGGAUUCGGCACCGCAGCCACCUCCAAUGUAUCAAAGCCCACGGACGCCGUACUAUCCCGACACGGCCAGUCAGGCUAUCCCCCAACCGCAGUAUCCUCAGUGGGCAGGACAGGCUCACAACCCAUAG